AUGUUGUACUUGUUAUGUUUGUUGACCCUGGUGCUGAGAUAUCAGGCUGUACUACUUUGUUUAGCUAAGGUUUCCCAGAGCAACACUUCUUCACCCACGCUGUGCACCAUGUCGUCCUGGGUAGUGGUUGGGAUCUCUGGAGUGACCAAUGGGGGCAAGUCCACCCUUGCCCAACAGUUACAUUCUCGCCUCCCCUGUCACACCAAAGUCAUCUCCCAAGAUGACUACUUCUUCCCGACGGACUCACCCCACCAUGUCCCAUGCCCUGGGGGCCUGCCUCACCAUAAUUGGGACACCAUCUCAGCCUUGGACAUGAAUACGAUGCUUCGUGAUGUGACAGAUAUUGUUAACUCCCGCCCAGAUCACACCAAACAAAGCUCUGAUGGAGGUGCUGUCACACAUGUAUGGAAUGCAACAGACCUCAGCCCUGUCCUCCUUAUGGAUGGUUUUAUUCUUUAUGACCACCCAGGGAUUCUUGAACUGUGUGACCUACGAUACUUCUUAACCCUUAGUCGAGAGGAAUGUUGGGAAAGGAGGACAAUAAGAGUAUAUGAUCCUCCUGACGUUCCUGGGUAUUUCGAGGCUUGUGUGUGGCCCAUGUACGAGGAACACUUAGCCAGGGUGAAGGAGAGAGUGCCUCAGGUGACGUUCCUUGAUGGGCUGCUGGACAACUACCCUCUUGUCCUCCAACAAGUUACUGAAUUUUCCCGCCUUAAGGGGAAGGCAAGAGGUACACAGGGGUAGUACUGAGGCAGGGUCCAAAACCUAGUGGAGACCUUGUCACAGGAGGUAUUGGGUGUUGCAUAUUUUAAGUCAUAAUGGGAUACCCAUCUUUAUUUUUACAGUUGUUGAGCAUUCUUGCCUCCAUAUAACUUCAUCAAAACUACUUUACUAUCUUUUGGAAGCACUUACUAUUCUGCUUAUGCAAAAUUAGUUUUUUGCUGCAACUUGAAAGGUUGAGGGUGAAAUUUGGCUGUGAACAAUAACUACAGGGUGUAGUGGAUGAGCAGCAAAUUCAUGUAAUGGAAUAAUUGACCUUUUUUAUUUGAAUAUUUGAUUUUGUUCAUUUAUGUACUUCACUAUGUUUUUGUUCAAGCUUUUUCUCACUCCUAUGUGAUACUUAGUAGUUUGACUUCCAGCAUAUAGUAAUGUGCUGCAAUGUUUGAUGAAGUUGCUGCAGGAAAGACGUGUGUGUGUGUGUGUGUGUGUGAAUGCUGGAGCUCAAGUAGGGGUGAGGUUAGACCACUUGUGUCAACAUGUCCCGUGCAAGGCAGUCAGUGGUGCCGGGUUGUCCCAGAGACGACCAGUUUGCAUAUCAUGUUCAUGCAUAAAUAUGUUUGUGUGAGGAAAGAGUUUAUUUUGAAGUAUUGCAAUGAAAGCUUUAGUCUAAGGGUUUUAUGCAAUUUGUUUUGUUAUAGGAGUUAUAUUUUUUAGAACUUAAUGUGCAUUUAAAAGCAUAAAUAAUUUUAUGUUUAUUAUACUCAGUUAAAUAUCAGUAUUUUGUCACAAGAAUAACUACGUGUCAUCAUUGAGUCGUUCACAAGUUUGGGCAGCUUGACCACCACCAGCAAUCACCGGUUUACUAAUACCACCAUUCCAUGGUUCAUGGUGUGCUAACACAAGCAUUGCCACAGCAGUUGAUGCACACUAAUCAGGAUUCCCCAUACCCAGUCUCAGGUACGUCACGUUCACUACUUACCACGUGUGUAUGUGUGUCCGUGGCACCCGAGGCAAGCAGUACUCAGGAGAUGUCACCGUGUCCUUCCCAACUCCGAAUUUUGUACACUUUUAAAUACCACUGGUGUGUGUUAAAGGAUUUAUCAAGUUACUCAGCAUUAAACGUCCAGAAUUGUA